AUGGAUAUCAUGAAGGAGCAAAAGCGUGUAUCUUGGGAUGAGCUCAAGAACAAGCUGGCCGAAGCAAACUGGAAGGAGGCAGGCGUGCCCGGGUCCAGUGAAUUCGACACCUACGCUGCAAAGCUUGAAAAGACACGAAACGAGCGACUUGCACAGCAGGAGGACGACACAAAGAAAGCGCUGAAG